AUGAAUAUACUCGAAUAAGCAAGAUAGCAAGUCUCUUUUGAUGUGGACUCUGUCACUCCCUUACUAUACGGAUCGAAAGAACAAGCCGAGUAAUUUUUAGCCAUAUUUAGACAUAUUAAAUAAUUCUUAGAGAAAUGCAAGAAUAUUCCAGAGGUACAGACUAGCCCUGAUUAUUACAAUUGGAAUAGAGGAAUUCAAUUUCUGAGUAAGGGUGAUUAGGCUCUUGCUUUCCAAAAAUUACUCGAUUUUAAAUUAGAUGAAAUUCCUCUAUAUUUAGGCACUAUAAUUUAUUCAGCUACCACCAAUUAUUAUGGUGUAUACUUCGGAAUGGUGUUACCUGCAAUCAAAGUAUUAGGAACAGACGAAUAAAUAAAUGCUUGGUACAAAGAUUGCCUCAAUUUAAAAAUUGCAGGUUGUUACGCUUAAACUGAAUUGGCACAUGGUUCGGAUGUCUAAAGUCUCCAAACAACAGCUACAUAUGAUCAAAAAACAGAUGAAUUCAUAAUUCACACACCUUCUGUGGAGGCAGUGAAAUUCUGGCCAGGAGAAUUGGGGUUCUUGGCUAAUUGGGCAUUAGUUUAUGCAAAGUUAAUAGUAAAUAAUAAAUCACAUGGAGUGCAAGCCUUCAUGGUUCCUAUCAGAGACUUCAAUACUCAUAAGCCAUUGCCAGGAAUCGAAGUAGGAGACAUUGGCCCUAAAAUUGGAUAUACGUCUAAAGACAACGGUUAUCUGAAGUUCACUCAUUGCAGAAUACCUAGUUUCAAUAUGUUGGCCAAGUACAUCAAGGUUACAAGAGAUGGAUAAGUGAUUAGACAAGGUGAUCCCAAAGUGUCUUAUUCAGCUAUGAUGAUAAUGAGAAAAUUAAUUAUUACUGUAUAUCCAAGGACAGCAGCAACAUCAUUAACAAUAGCUAUCAGAUAUUCAAUUGCUAGACAAUAAUUUACAAAUGAUUAAGGCUAAGAGAAUUCAGUAUUGGAAUACUAAACCUAGCAACAUAAGCUAUUACCUUUAUUGGCUAAUCUUUAUUCUAUAAUUUUCACAGGAUUAAAAGUUGGUCAAUUGGUUGAUCUUAAUUUCAGUCAAGUUUAAAAACAAGACUUUUCUUUAAUGGCUAUCUGUCAUGCUAUCAUUUGUGGAACUAAAGCAAAUUUUACAUAUUUUGUUUCAAAUUGUGCAGAAUGGUGCAGAUUAUCCUGUGGUGGACAUGGUUAUGCCCAUUAUUCUGGAUUACCUGCCAUUUAUUAGGAUAAUUGCCCUAAUAUUACAUUGGAAGGAGAAAACUAAAUAAUGUAUUUAUAAUUAGCUAGAUUUUUACUAAAAUUAUAUAAUCAGGCUAAAUAAGCAUCAAAGAAAAUCAACGAAACAUAUUUUGGAUUAUUUAACAGACUUUAAGCCAUCACAGAUUAUAGAUGCACUCAAUUUACUAGGGAAUAAAUUCUUUAAUUAUUGGAAUCCAAUGUGAUCCAUUCAAUUCAAAUAACAAAUGAUAAAAUGAUGGCUCACAUUAAUAGUGGAUUAGAUCCUAAAUCAGUGUGGGAUUACAAAAUUGGAACUGAUCUUUGGAGCUCUGCCAAUAAUUUCAUAGAAUAUUAUAAAUAUCUUAGUUUCUUAUAAACUAUUGAUUAGGCUGAUAAUAACAACACAAAAAGAGUGUUGAGAGAUUUAGCUGAUCUUUUUGCUGCUAGCAUUUUAUUGGAAGGAUCAAGUGUAUUAAUAGAAGCAGGUGUUAUUAAUGUGGAAUCUAUCAAAUUGAUUAGAGAGUUUUAUACCUAACAAUUGACAAUCAUUAAGCCUGAAGCUAUUGGCUUAGUUGAAGCCUUUAGGUAUAAUGAUGCCUCUUUGAGGAGCACCAUUGGUUGCUCUGAUGGGUAGCCUUAUGAAAAAACAUAUCAUUCAGCUAUUAAUGAGAAUACAUUAAACAAAACUGACUUCAAACCAAUUGUCAAUCAGCUCAAAAAUAUCAAAGCCAGAUUAUGAAAAUAUCAAUAAAUAACAAAUGUUAACAUUAAAAUAUUUAAUAUAAAUCUAAAA